AUGGAGAUUGACUUAAGCACAAUUCCUCCAAAGCCACCAAGGCUCCCAGUGCAGGACAAUGCACUUGCCUCCCAGGUACUGGAGGUCAUAGGUGGGACUGCUCUUGAGGCACCACAGAAACUGGAGGAAUCUGAAGUGUGGUCGAUGGAGGAGGGAGACGACUCUGUGUUUUACAGUGAUGGAGAACAACCUGAUGAGGACAUUCAAGUGAAAACAUCUGGGGAUUUUGGUCCCGGACAUUGUGUCAAAAGGAAUAGUGUGGCAGCAGAUGAACCUUGCCAACAGAGAAAAGAGGGCUCAGCUAAUGAAUCCAUCAUUGGUAAGGAAACUUCAGAGUUGGAGAAGGAAACAACUCUACAGGUCAUUCUGAAUGAGCAAGACAAGCAAUGCCAAGAUCUAAAGAAAGCAGAACCUACUGAUCAUACAGAUGCUGCAUAUCCAGAAGCAGAGUCCGACCAAAAUCCAGAGAAGUCCGCGAGGAGCUGUGGAGGAUCUCUGUCACCUAACUGCUUGAUUGCAGACAUGCAGAGUCCGCAAGAAGGCAACACACAUGUAGAAAAAGCAAAUCCCCUAUUCGAUAAGGAAGGUGUUCUUGUCACACAGACACCCAACCUUGAACCCUUUGAUGUUGCUAAUGAAGGGAUUAAUACAAGGCUGAAUGGGGAGACAGGAGUCCCAGAGCAGAUGCCUAAAGCUGAAGUGUUGAUGUCAGGCAAAAAGCAACAGAUUCAGAAAGACCAGAAGCCAGAAAAGGACCCAAAGUUCAGCGUCCCUAUGGGGUUUCAUCAAGACCCCAGCCCAGGCUAUGCCUCCCUGCCUCAACCCAAGAAAUCCGGUCAACAGAACCCUUUCGACCACCUCAAUGCCUCCAAAUACAGCACUGUGUCCUACCGCAGGAUCCGCAGAGGCAACACACGCAAGAAGAUAGAAGAGUUUGAGUACAUGAUGAUGAAUUUGUAA